GCCCCCGGAAGUACAGGUCGCGCUUCCGGCGGCGGCUCGGGGGGCCGGGGGUGUGCACCUUGUCCGCCGCGGGCGGUCCCGCGAGCGAGAGGCGCGCGGGAGGAGUCAUCUCGUGCGCCCCUGCCCACCAUGGCCAAGCCGGCAAGCAAAGAUUCAGGCUUGAAGGAAAAGUUCAAGAUUCUGUUGGGACUGGGAACACCACGGCCAAAUCCUAGAUCCGCAGAAGGCAAACAGACGGAGUUUAUCAUCACAGCGGAAAUCCUGAGAGAACUGAGUGUUGAAUGUGGCCUCAACAAUCGCAUCCGGGUGAUAGGGCAGAUCUGUGAAGUUGCAAAAACUAAGAAAUUUGAAGAGCAUGCAGUGGAAGCACUCUGGAAGACUGUUGCAGACCUGCUGCAGCCAGAGCGGCCACCAGAGGCUCGACAUGCAGUGCUGGCUCUGCUGAAGGCCAUUGUGCAGGGGCAGGGUGACCGCUUGGGGGUCCUCAGAGCCCUCUUCUUUAGGGUUAUCAAGGAUUACCCCUCCAAUGAAGACCUCCAUGAAAGGCUGGAAGUUUUCAAGGCCCUUACGGACAAUGGGAGACACAUCACCUACUUGGAAGAAGAACUAGCGGAGUUUGUCCUGCAGUGGAUGGAUGUUGGCUUAACCUCAGAAUUCCUUCUGGUGCUUGUGAACUUGGUCAAAUUCAACAGCUGCUACCUCGAUGAAUAUAUUGCAUCAAUGGUUCACAUGAUCUGUCUGCUCUGCAUCCGUACUGUGUCUUCUGUGGACAUAGAGGUCUCCCUGCAGGUGCUGGAUGCAGUGGUCUGCUACAACUGCCUGCCAGCCGAGAGCCUCCCCUUGUUCAUCGUCACUCUCUGUCGUACUAUCAAUGUCAAGGAGCUCUGUGAGCCUUGUUGGAAGCUGAUGCGUAACCUCCUGGGCACCCACCUGGGCCACAGUGCCAUCUACAACAUGUGCCGCAUCAUGGAAGACAGAGCGUACAUGGAAGAUGCCCCACUGCUGCGAGGAGCUGUGUUCUUUGUGGGCAUGGCUCUCUGGGGAGCCCACCGACUCUAUUCUCUCAAGAACUCCCCAACAUCCGUGUUGCCAUCUUUUUAUGAGGCCAUGACCUGUCCCAAUGAGGUAGUGUCCUAUGAGAUCGUGCUGUCCAUAACCAGACUCAUCAAGAAGUACAGGAAGGAGCUCCAGGCUGUGACAUGGGAUAUUCUGCUGAAUAUCAUUGAACGGCUGCUUCUGCAGCUCCAGAGCUUGGACAGCCCAGAGCUCAGGACCAUCGUCCACGACCUGCUGACCACCGUGGAGGAGCUGUGUGACCAGAAUGAGUUCCAUGGCUCACAGGAGAGAUACUUCCAGCUGGUAGAGAGCUGUGCAGACCAGAGGCCCGAGUCCUCCCUCUUAAACCUGAUAUCCUACCGAGCUCAGUCCAUUCACCCAGCAAAGGAUGGUUGGAUCCAGAAUCUGCAACUACUGAUGGAGAGGUUCUUCAGGAAUGAACCCCGCAGUGCCGUGCGCAUCAAGGUGCUGGAUGUGCUGUCCUUUGUGCUGCUCAUCAACAGGCAGUUCUAUGAGGAGGAGCUGAUUAACUCGGUGGUCAUCUCCCAACUCUCGCACAUCCCUGAGGAUAAAGACCAUCAAGUCCGAAAGCUGGCCACCCAGCUGUUGGUGGACCUGGCGGAAGGCUGCCACACCCAUCACUUCAACAGCCUGCUGGAUAUUGUUGAAAAAGUGAUGGCCCGCUCCCUUUCUCUGCCUCCUGAGCUGGAAGAAAGGGAUGUGGCUGCCUACUCAGCCUCCCUGGAGGAUGUGAAGACUGCAGUCCUGGGGCUUCUGGUCAUCCUUCAGACCAAGCUGUACACCUUGCCUGCCAGCCAUGCCAUGCGUGUGUACGAGACACUUGUCAACCACAUUCAGCUCCACUACAAGCAUGGCUAUUCCCUGCCCAUUGCCAGCAGCAUCCGGCUGCAGGCUUUCGACUUCCUGCUGCUGCUGCGUGCUGACUCACUGCACCGUCUUGGGCUGCCCAACAAGGAUGGGGUCGUGAGGUUUAGCCCCUACUGCCUUUGUGACUGCGCGGAGCCAGAGCGGGGCUCUGAGAAGAAGGCCAGUGGCCCCCUUUCACCUCCCACAGGGACACCUGGCCCUGUGCCCUCUGGUCCUACCGUGCGGCUUGGCCACCUGCCCUACUCCCUGCUCUUCCGUGUCCUGCUGCAGUGUUUGAAGCAGGAGACUGACUGGAAGGUGCUAAAGCUGGUCCUCAGCAAGCUGCCUGAGUCACUGCGCUACAAGGUCCUCAUCUUCACCUCCCCGUGCAGUGUCGACCAGUUGUCAUCUGCCCUCUGCUCCAUGCUCUCAGGUCCCAAGACUCUCGAGCGGCUCCGAGGCACCCCAGAAGGCUUCUCCAGAACCGACCUGCACUUGGCUGUGGUCCCAGUGCUGACAGCGCUGGUCUCUUACCACAACUACUUGGACAAAACCAAGCAGCGUGAGAUGGUUUACUGCUUGGAGCAAGGUCUCAUUUACCGCUGUGCUAGCCAGUGUGUGGUGGCCCUAGCCAUCUGCAGUGUGGAGAUGCCUGACAUCAUCAUCAAGGCGCUGCCUGUCCUGGUGGUGAAGCUGACACACAUCUCUGCCACAGCCAGCAUGGCCGUCCCGCUCCUGGAGUUCCUGUCCACUCUGGCCAGGCUGCCCCACCUCUACAGAAACUUUGCUGCAGAACAGUAUGCAAGUGUGUUUGCCAUCUCCCUGCCGUACACCAACCCCUCCAAGUUCAACCAGUACAUUGUGUGCCUGGCCCACCAUGUUAUCGCCAUGUGGUUCAUUAGGUGUCGCCUGCCCUUCCGGAAGGAUUUUGUCCCUUACAUCACUAAGGGCCUGCGCUCUAACGUCCUCUUGUCUUUUGAUGACACCCCUGAGAAGGACAGCUUCAGAGCACGGAGCACCAGUCUCAAUGAGAGGCCCAAAAGUUUGAGGAUAGCCAGAGCCCCCAAACAAGGCUCGAAUAACUCCCCACCUGUGAAAGAACUCAAGGAGAGCUCUGCAGCCGAGGCCUUCCGGUGCCGCAGCGUCAGUGUGUCUGAUCAUGUGGUCCGCAGCAGGAUACAGACAUCCCUCACCAGUGCCAGCCUGGGGUCUGCAGAUGAGAACUCCGUGGCCCAGGCUGACGACAACCUGAGAAAUCUCCACCUGGAGCUCACAGAGACGUGCCUGGAUAUGAUGGCCCGAUACGUGUUCUCCAACUUCACUGCUGUACCUAAGAGGUCUCCUGUGGGAGAAUUUCUCCUGGCAGGCGGCAGGACCAAAACCUGGCUGGUUGGGAACAAGCUUGUCACAGUGACGACCAGUGUUGGAGCUGGGACCCGCUCAUUGCUGGGUCUGGACUCUGGGGAUCUUCAGGGCAGUCCAGAGUCAAGCUCCAACCCUGGCCUGCACGUGAGACAGACCAAGGAGGCGCCUGCUAAGCUGGAGUCCCAGGCUGGGCAGCAGGUGUCUCGCGGGGCGCGGGAUCGGGUCCGCUCCAUGUCGGGGGGCCAUGGCCUUCGAGUUGGUGCCCUAGACCCACCAGCCUCCCACAUCCCAGGAGGCCCCACUUCUGUGGGACCACAGAAUAUACCAGCCACAAAGCCGGAAGAGACCUCUGUGGGUGCCCAGGUGCCAGCAUCGGAGAAGACGAACCUGGCAGCCUACGUACCUCUGCUGACCCAGGGCUGGGCUGAGAUCCUGGUGCGGAGGCCCACAGGGAACACCAGCUGGCUGAUGAGCCUGGAGAACCCACUCAGUCCCUUCUCCUCGGAUAUCAACAACAUGCCCCUGCAGGAGCUGUCCAAUGCCCUCAUGGCAGCCGAGCGCUUCAAGGAGCACCGGGACACGGCUCUGUACAAGUCGCUGUCAGUGCCGGCGGCCGGCACCGCCAGGCCCCCUCCUCUCCCACGCUCCAACACAGUGGCCUCUUUCUCCUCCCUCUACCAGUCCAGCUGCCAAGGACAGCUGCACAGGAGCAUUUCCUGGGCAGACUCUGCUGUGGUUCUGGAGGAGGGAAAUCCAGGCGAGGCCCAUGUGCCAGGGGAGCCCCCGGAGCUGGAGGACUUCGAGGCAGUGCUGGGUGCAGACAGGCGCUGCCGGCGCCCCGAGGCUUACAGCAGGUCGUCCUCGGCCUCCAGCCAGGAGGAGAAGUCUCACAGCGAGGAGCUGGCUGCGGGGGGCAUCCCGAUAGAGCGGGCUGUCUCCUCGGAGGGCGGCCGGCCCUCUAUGGACCCCUCCUUCCAGCCCUCACAGCCCCUGAGCAAGUCCAGCUCCUCACCCGAGCUGCAAACCCUGCAGGACAUCCUUGGGGACCCUGGGGACAAGGCUGAUGCUGGCCACCUGAGUCCUGAGGCCAAGGCCCGAUCCCAGUCUGGGAUCCUGGAUGGGGAAGGUGUGGCCUGGGCAGCACCAGGCGAAGAGGCCCGGGGCCCCGCCCCACCCGAGGGCCCCUUGCCGUCCAGCUCCCCCCGCUCCCCCAGUGGCCUCCGGCCCCGAGGCUACACCAUCUCCGAUUCAGCCCCAUCUCGCAGGGGCAAGAGGGUGGAGAGGGACACUUUCAAGAGCAGAGCUGCAGCCUCCAGUGCUGAGAAGGUGCCAGGCAUCAACCCCAGCUUCGUGUUCCUGCAGCUCUACCACUCACCGUUCUUUGGUGAUGAAUCCAACAAGCCCAUCCUCUUGCCCAAUGAGUCCUUCGAGCGGUCAGUGCAGCUCCUUGACCAGAUCCCUUCAUAUGACACGCACAAGAUCGCCGUCCUGUAUGUGGGUGAAGGCCAGAGCAGCAGCGAGCUGGCCAUCCUCUCCAAUGAGCAUGGCUCCUACAGGUACACGGAGUUCCUGACCGGGCUGGGCAGGCUCAUCGAGCUCAAGGACUGCCAGCCUGACAAGGUGUACCUGGGUGGCCUGGACGUGUGUGGUGAGGACGGCCAGUUCACCUACUGCUGGCAUGACGACAUCAUGCAAGCUGUCUUCCACAUCGCCACGCUGAUGCCCACCAAGGAUGUGGACAAGCACCGCUGUGACAAGAAGCGGCACCUGGGCAAUGACUUCGUUUCCAUCAUCUACAACGACUCUGGAGAGGACUUCAGGCUGGGCACCAUCAAGGGCCAGUUCAACUUCGUCCAUGUGAUCAUCACGCCCCUGGACUACGAGUGCAACCUGCUGUCCCUGCAGUGCAGGAAAGACAUGGAGGGCCUGGUGGACACCAGCGUGGCCAAGAUCGUGUCUGACCGCAACCUGCCUUUUGUGGCUCGCCAGAUGGCCCUGCAUGCCAACAUGGCCUCGCAGGUGCACCAUAGUCGCUCCAACCCCACGGACAUCUACCCCUCCAAGUGGAUCGCCCGGCUCCGCCACAUCAAACGGCUCCGCCACCGGAUCCGCGAGGAAGCCCACUACUCAAACCCCAGCCUGCCUCUGCUGCAGGUGCAGCCCACGGCCCACACCAGAGCCCAGACCCGGGCCUCCGCUGAGCCCACAGCCACCUGUGAGGCAGGCCAGCGGAAGCGCCUCAUCUCCUCCGUGGAUGACUUCACCGAGUUUGUGUGAGGCCAGCUCCUCCCUGUCCCCCCCGAGGAUGAUGGACAGUAGUCUGUGUACACGAAAUAAACUGGCCCUGUGCCCCCAGCACUCAGACACAGGUGCAGGUAGCAGUCAGACAGCUCCUUUAUUUGACUUUGUCUGUUUUGUGGGGUUGGGGGCAGGAUUGAGGCGAUGCCUGUGGCCAUGGCCACUGAAGCGGGCAUGCCCACCUCAGCGGUGCCCGGUGUCACGCCCAGGCCUCCACCUCACACUGUCACAUGUCACCUCCCCAGCCCCGGGAGCCAGCCCCCAGGAGGGGCCCUCCCCUGCCUGCCUGUCGCCCUUGCCGAGACCCCACACCAGCAGGCCCGGGUGCUGCCUUCCACCAGGCCCCAGGCAGGGGAGGAAAGCCAAGGGCGUGGUGCUGACCAGCACUUGCCCAAGGCCAGACUUA